AUGUUCCAACGAUUUAAGAGCGGUGAUAGCUUAGUAGCCUUCCACGAUAAAUACACAGGUGGUGAGGGCGAGCGCGGGGGCGAGCGGCGACGCGGCGCGGGCGCAGCGGUGUCGCGCGGCAUGCGGCGCCGCCCGCUGCUGCCGCUGCUCCUGCUGGCGCUGUUGCGCGCGCGCGGCCUGCUCGCCGCGUCCGGAGAGGCCGAUUACACACUGGACGACUCGUUUUGGAAUGAAGAAAGCCCAGUUGGUGAAGUGGAGCGGUUGCUACGCGAGUACAGACAGAACCAGGAACUGGUGCGCAACAUCGGCGCGCACUACUACCAGAUCAUCUACCCUGUGCAGCUGCGUCACCACGAAAAGAUGGGCAUCUCCACGCGGGAGGUCAACACUCAAAAGGGAAGAGGCUUUGGUUCGGAUUAUCAACAAGGAACGAGGUCACGCACAAGGACGGGCAAACACUUUCACCGCACGUCGCUUCUCAUCAAGGCUUUCAACCACAAGUUUAGGCUGGACCUCGAGCUCAACACUCAACUGCUAGCGCCGAACCUGAGACAGACGCAGUACCUUGCAAACGGAGUAGAGAGCGAUGUUAGACAGGAAAUCGAGCACUGCUAUUAUCACGGCACAGUGAAGGAUUACCCCGGCGCGUCUGCCGCCUUCCACACGUGUAACGGUGUCUCCGGGGUCAUCCACAUCGGCAACGAGACCUUCGUUAUUCAUCCCUUCUACGGUGGCGAUCUGUCGAAACACCCUCAUGUCAUCUUCGAGGCGCGAACAAAGGCGAACAAGGGGUGUGCGAACAAGCUCGAGUACCGACCCAAGACGAGGCGAACAAAACAUGUUUCUUACGUCGAAGCCCCGCUCAGUAAUCACCCUGGGACCAUGAAAGAGAGAGAAGACCGAGCAUGGCGGUGGUGGCACGACGCGGAUCUGCGCGCGCUCAACAGGCGCAGGCGCGACGUUCGAGAGACCACGAAGUACAUCGAGACGGCGCUCGUCAUCGAUAAGGCCAUGUUCGAUAGGAGGAAUGGGAGUACACGCUCCGAGGUCGUCCAUGAUGCCAUUCAAGUUGCCAAUAUUGCUGAUCUGUAUUUCCGCACGCUCAACACGCGAGUCUCCUUAGUCUACAUCGAAUCCUGGCAAGGCGCAGAUCGAGCUGAUAUCGACCGGAAGCAGGACAUUACCAGAGCCAUCCUCAAGUUCAGCGACUACACUGCCAGAAAGCUCUUCACUGUUGAAAAAGAUACUACUCAGUUGCUCACACAGACCAGUCAGCUGGUGAUUCACCGUCAAUGCGGCAACGGGAGACUGGAUGAAGGUGAAGAGUGUGACUGUGGAACUAUUGCGGAAUGUCAGAAUUCCAAUCAAUGCUGUGACCCGUACACCUGCCGAUUGAUCAAAGAGGCGCAGUGUGCUACUGGAGAAUGCUGCGAAAGAUGCCAGUUAAAACCACGCGGGAUUGUCUGCCGAGACUCGUCCAACGAAUGUGACCUUGAAGAAACAUGCACAGGGCUCUCAGGAGCCUGCCCUCCUGACGCAUACCGCAAGAACGGGGAGCUUUGUGAGGGCAACAAGGGGUACUGCUUCAAUGGACAAUGUCCCACUCUGUCACUACAAUGCGAGACAAUUUGGGGAACUGGAAGUCAGGGAGCGGAUAAAGAAUGCUUUGAACAGUUCAACUCGAAAGGAGUUAACACCGGACACUGUGGAAAGGAUAGUAAUGGGCAGUAUAUUAAAUGUGACACCGAGUAA